UAUAUCUACUAGGCCAUGCUCUAGUUAUUAUCAACAAAAUGUUGGUUGUGCUAAAAUUUAUAACAAUUUCGCUAUAUUUUUCAUCUGUACAAUGUUUAAAUGGAACAAAUGAGACAAUUUUACGAGGAAAAUUGAAUAACAGUGAUAUUAUUUUCGAAGACCCGACUCGUCCAAGCCUUUCUUAUCCUACUUCUUUGUCUUUCCUUUUUAUCUUCACGACUUUGCUUGUAGGUGUUGUAGUAAGAGCGGUGAUGCUUUGGACAAUUACAGUACUUCCUUAUAGAGUUAUCAUGUUCUCUUUAGGUGGCAUCGCUGGUUUCUGUGCUAAUAGAUACCCAUCUUUCAAACCUUACGUAGAAAUCUGUUACACUGACAUAGAUGUUAUUUUGUUAGUUUUUCUCCCAGUGCUGGUGUUCAGCACUUCCUAUGCAGUCGAUUCCCAUUCUUUCUGGAAGAGUUUCCCUCAGAUUCUAUUAGUUGGUACUCUUGGUACCUUAUUAACUUCCUUAAUGUUGGCUUUCAUGGCUUAUUACUUGAUUGAAUCUUCUUGGAAUUUCUCCACUGCUGUACUUUUCGGUGUGGUCUGUGCACCGAUCUAUCCUACAGAAGUUGUUAAAAGAUUAAAAGAAAUGUCACGAGGUAAAUACAUAAGUGUACUGUUGCUGGGGGAAGGUUUGAUUGGAGAUGCAACAGCUAUGAUAGAGUUUACAGCUGUAUUUGGUUAUUUAGCAAUGGCUAUAAGUGAAGCAUCUCAGAUUGCUCUUUUACUACUUAGAUAUGCUGGUGGGGGGAUUCUUUUGGGCGUAGUUACGGGCAGGAUUAUAGCAGCUUUGCUUUCUAUGACGUAUAACGAUCUGUUGUGUGCAGUAACCGUUACUUUAGCUGGAGCAUAUCUGACAUACUAUGUUGGAGAGAAGUUCUUCUACGUGUCUGGUCUACUGGGGACUGUGAUAGCUGGUGUGAUUGUUAGUAGAAGAAAGUCGACUGUGGCUGGGGAUGUUGAGCAAGUUGUGGCACAUUUCUGGAACAUUCUAUCGCAUGCUGCGAAUACGUUGGUCUUCACAAUGGUUGGAGUAGUUAUCUUUGAGAAGGUUAGCUACGUGAUGAGUGUCCGACAAGUUUCUUUGAUUUUCGUCACGUAUUCCACUGUUUACUGUUCGAGACUUAUGGUAUAUUCUGCAAUGACGCCUAUUUUAAGGCAUAUUGGAUAUGGAAUAUCAUGGCAACACUCUAUGGCUUGCGUGUGGGGAGGGUUAAGAGGACCUCUCUCUUUAUGUUUGGCAUUGAUUGUGCUGCAAACUCCCGGAGUAGCGGAUGCUGGUGAGAUAUUUAUCAUACAAACAGCUGGACUUGUACUACUCUCUUUACUUAUUAACGCUAUCACCAUGGGUAAAGUACUCAAGAUCUUGGGAUUGGCAGAGAUAUCCCUUGCGAAGAAAGCUAACAUGACUAAUUGUGUGAAGCGAAUUAUGUUGACGAGAGAUCGUUGUAUUUCCAUGCUGAAGAUGGAUAAGUUUCUGGCCGAUGCUAAUUGGGAUCUCGUACAAGCAGGUACAACGAUAAAACAUCCAUAUCAGAUACAAAUGUCUAAACGUGAUGAUGAUUAUGAAGAUGAUACUUACAUGGGCUAUCAUUAUACAACAUGUCCGGAUUGCGAAAGGGAAAUACCUAACGAACCUACUAAGAAAGAGUUCGCAGAGAUGAUGAGGGAAGCAAAUCAGCGUGUACUUAAAGCUAUGAAAAUAUCUUACUGGCGACAGUAUGAACAUGGGAAAAUAAGUAAAGACGGAGUGCGCACACUAGUGCAAGCUGUAGAAGUUGCCGCGGACUGUGAUGAUGGCAGAGUUAAUCUGGACUUGCUGGGCACACUGUGGAAACCUAAAGCGCAUGCGGUAUGGCUACGUCGUAAGUUAGUCAAGAUGAUGACACCAGAGGCCGCUACUGUGCAGAUGCCACACAACCGCUGGCGUCAGCUCGCAUACCGUAUGGUCUCCAGUGUAUGGUUCGACGGUUUCAUCUACGUCAUGAUAUUGUGUAACACGCCCGUUAUACUGUGCGAAGUGGCGCUGCGAUCACCCUCAAGAAGUGUCGUUUAUGUUAUCAAAUCCUUAAAUUUGUUUUUCUACAUAAUAUACGUAAUGGAGAUGAUAAUAAAAAUGAUGGCGUUGGGCGUACGCGGCUACUUCAAGUCACAUUGGAAUAAGUUGGACUUUCUAAUUAUUGUUAUGGCUACGGGGGAUCUAGUCCUCGAUAUAUUGGACACAUUGACUUCUUGGAAUAAAUGGUCUAACCUCAACUCUAGUGUACUUACUGCUACUAAAUUACUGAGGACAUUACGCUUUUUGAGACUUUGCAAAUUGGCUAGGGUUUCAGUGCCUAAGAUAAUGGCUUAUAUCGAUAGGAUGAUCGAUAUACAACUUGCAUUUGGAUAUGAUGUUGGUAAGGGAUUUGUAACUGCCGAACAAGAAGUUUGUUCGUUGCUUCCUCAAUUAGUGGACAAUUUGCAAAUACAAGAAAAACUCGACAGUAGAUUGGAAGCAGACAGAUUAACAGUGACUCGUCAGUUGGGUCUACUGCAGCGGGAUAGACCUUGGACCGCCAUCACCGUGAAGACCAGACAGGCCACUACUUCCACAUUGAAUAUUAUGAUUCUAGAUACUAUGCAGUUGAAAGAAGAAGGUUUUCUCGAUGAAAUGGAAUAUCGUUUAUUGUUGAACGCUAUACAAGAGAAAGUACAGAUGUGUCGACACAAGGGAAGUUUAGUUGCCCCUUCUACUCCAGAAACUCAAUUACGAGCAGUAUCAUGGCUGCAGGGUAAUGAAAGAGUUGCGGACUUUUUUCUAGAAAAUUCUGAAAUUUUAAAUUACAAUUAUAACGACGUGCUUGUGUCUCGAGGUGACGAGCCCAAAGGGUUGUAUAUCUUGGUGUCAGGUCUUUUAGAAGCAACGUACGAACCACCAGAAGAAGACCUCGAUGAAGCGAUACCGAACUAUGAAUUUAUUACAGACCUAAAGUUCAACGAGCCUAGUCAAGAUUAUAUUGUUUCUGGCAACGCAAUUGGUGUCUUAGGGGCACUAACAAAUCGCCCCUAUAGCUACACAGUACGUUGCGAUACAGCUGUACAGGCGUACUUUAUCAAGAUGCCCAUUGUCAAAGAAGCCUUCAAUCUCGCCCCGCAUCCUAUUAUGGGUCUGGAAGCGGCGAUGUGGCGUGAGAUUGGUAUAAAACUGUCAAUGAUGGUGCUGCCCGGUGUGCCGGCGUAUCACGGCUGGUCAAUAGAGCGGCUCAGCAUGCGUCUCGAGCACGCCUUCGUGCCUUGCUUAAGAGCAUUUAAGAUAUUCGUUGUGAACGAACUCAUGGAGGAUAUAGUGUUAAUAGAUGGAGUUUGUCAAGACAUGGCCACUAGAGAAGUGUUUCAACCACCUUGUUAUAUACCAAGGACAGCGCAUAGACUAGUGUUUCCCAAAUCAUCGCAGUUAUUGGUAUCCAAUACAUGUCCGGAAACGAAGCUCCUUAUAGUUCCAGCUAAAGAUACUGAUGAACUGGAUAUUAUGGAGGAUGAAAUAGAUGAUACGCAGUGUGAAUUGGUAUCAAAUGCAUCAUCUCGCUGCUUAUAUCACAAAGUUUCACGUCGUGUGUCAAGCGAGUCUCGCGCGGCGUCUGUGCGUCGCGGCCGUAGCAAGCGGCGUCGGGUACCGCGUCGUGUUAACUACAGAGAGUCCGUCUGGGGCAAGCAAAUAUCGACUGGAGUUAUGCCGGGAGUGACGAGUGAAAAGGAGCUCAACUCCAAAUACUAUAAGCCAAGCUUCGAAGAUUUGCCUGAAAAGUUGGAAACAAAUAAAGAUGAGGUUGUAAGACAUGGACAGACUGGGGUAUCGUUAGCGUACUCUCCCACGUCGUCAGUUCACACGCAGGCGGAUCAAGAGAUAUAUUCGACGUCGUUGAAACGACAAAGAAGAUUAUCUGAUGGGAAGAAAAAAUAA